CUUCUUUCCAUCCAUGUGAACGAGUGGGUGCUGAGCUAACUUGGUAUAAAUGUGCACAGCUGUACGUGCAGCAGUUACAGUCACACCAUGGCAAGGCGCAUGAUUGUUUUGCUUAUAUUUGUAGCCACUUUUGUUGUUGUCAUCACGGCACAAAGUAGAAUGCAGAAGUGCUGUCGCUACAUUUCCAAAACCCAGCCUCACCCAAACAGGUUGAAGAGGUAUUACAAACAGACUCGCACUGUUUGUCCUCUGCAUGUAGUUGUAUUCGUCACACUGAAAGACAAAAGAAUAUGUGCAAAUCCAAAAAGUGAUUGGACAAAAACCACCAUGAAACACCUGGACAACAAAACAGUCAAAUACAGAAAAGGCUCUCGUCUGCGAGACUAUUACAAGCUUUGACCAUGUUUGUUAUUUUCCUAUGCCCUUUGUAUUUCUGUAAUUAAAUAAA